AUGGGACCCCAGCAUUUGCAACCUAUGCAGCUGCUCUGCCUUCUAGGGGCCAUCUCCUUUCUGCCUCGGGCUGGAGCUCUUUUGUGCUACGAAGCAAAAGCCUCACUCUUCAGAGCUGUUUCCUUCCAUAACUGGAACUGGCUUCUGAUGAGGAGCGUGGUGUGUAAGCUGAGAGAAGGCUGUGAGGAGACAUUAGUGUUCAUCGAGACAGGGAAAAUUAAGGCAGUUGUGGGUUUUAAAGGCUGCAGUCCAGCCAUCUCUUACCCUCCUCAAGUCUCCUACCUUGUUGCACCACCUGGAAUGUCCAUCGCUUCCUAUAGCCACAUCUGCCGAACCUAUCUCUGCAACAACCUCACCAACUUGGAACCUUUUGUGAAACUCAAGGCCAAUGCUCCUAAGUCUAUAACAGCUUCUUCCCAUAAUUGCCCCACCUGUGUGGGCAGGCACGACCAGGAAUGUCUUCCGACUUUUGUCAACGCUGAGACUUGCCCCUACUCUGCUCCCAAAUGUUACAGUUCCACCUUACAAUUUCGAGCAGGAACUCUCAAUACCACCUUUCUCCUCAUGGGCUGUGCUCGUGAACAUCAAAAGCUCUUAGGAAAUUUUCAGCAUAUUGGGAGCAUCCAAGUGAAUGAAGUCCUUAACAUCAUAGAUAAGUCCCAGGUUGUUGGUGCAGGGUCCAUCAGUCAGUGCUCUUCUUGGGGCAUCCUCUCAGGCCUCCUUCUUGCCUUCAGGAAUUGA